AUGGCUACUUUACAUGUUUUUAACUUUCUUGUAUCUUCUUCUUCAAAACAAAUUCAUGCCGUCAUGUUCGUCCCAAAGCUCCCAUCGAUAAAGUUUUCAUCUCUUAAAUUGAAACCCAAGAUAUUGUCUCAAAAAUCGAAGACGGGAGACGAGUUCAUCACCACAAUCCCAAUCGAAAAAAAAGUUAACGAGACACUAUCGUUUCAAACGAACUCAUCUAUUUCAAUGGCUACCUUACAACAACUUUAUGUACUGUUAGAGGCGGUAGCUGAUAGAGUGGAGAUGCAUAAAAACGUUGGAGAACAACGAGAUAACUGGAACACCCUUCUACUUGAUUCUAUUAACAUGAUGACUCUCACUGCAACAACCAUGGCCGGUGUUGCUGCUGCGACUGGCAACGGUGGCGCUGGGAUUUCUCUUUUAGGUUUGAAGUUAGCAUCCUCCAUCAUGUUUUUAUCGGCCACCGGAAUGUUGGCGUUGAUGAACAAGAUUCAACCCUCACAGCUUGUUGAAGAGCAACGUAAUGCGACGAGAUUGUUUAAGCAGCUUGAAAACCAAGUGAAAACCCUAGUUGCCGUUGGUUCACCCACCCAAGAUGAUGUGAAUGAUGCUAUGGAGAAAGUGUUGGCACUUGACGAAGCUUACCCUCUUCCUUUGCUGGGUGUAAUGCUUGAAAAGUUUCCGGAGAAUUUACAGCCUGCUGUUUGGUGGCCUAGAAACAAAGCGAAGCAGUUGAAUGGAGAGGUGAAAAACAACAAUGGGUGGACCAAGGAGUUGGAAAUGGAAAUGAGGGAAGUGGUUAAGGUGAUCAAGAGAAAAGACAGUGAAGAUUACGAGAGAUUAGGCAACAAAGCAUUGAAGAUAAACAAAAUUUUAGCUAAAUCAGGGCCAAUACUAACUGGAAUUGCAGCUCUAGCCAUGGGGUCUUCCAAUGAAACUUGGGCAGCAAUCAUGGCGGGUGUUGCAGGAGCUUUAGCUUCAACAGUUAACACGUUGGAGCACGGUGGGCAGGUGGGUAUGGUGUUCGAGAUGUAUAGGAACAACGCUGGGUUCUUUAAACAUUUGCAGGAAUCUAUUGUAUCAACGUUGGAUGAAAGUGACGUGGAAAAAAGAGAAAAUGGAGAGUUGUUUGAAAGGAAGGUGGCAUUGGCAUUGGGAAGAAGCUUAUCAGAACUGAGAGAGCUUGCCAAAAACUCCAGAUGUUGCCGUGUAGAAGGAGACCCCAUUGAUGAAUUUGCAAGCAAGCUGUUUUGAUCA